UAUAUAUAAUUAUACUGUACGUGGAGCUGAGCUGAACCAUUUACUCCUCGAAACCCCCAGACCAAGUUCUGCACACACCGUCCGUGACCCGCAAAGGAACGAGACAAACUCUGAAGCGAGAGAAAAAAACCGUUAGAAUACGUUUUAAAGUCACGUUUUACCAUUAGUAAUUUCACUGAGCACCGCCUGUACUGGAAUAUACAGUUGAGCCAAUGAUUCAAUGAGAGACAGGAAGAGAAAUGGACGAUUUAGACCCUUUUUAGAGCCGCGGACACACUCCGACUCCGCCGUUGGACUCCGCUCCCUCUCGGCGGGUGCCCGAGGCCGCGCGCCUGGCGCGCUCCCAGCGCUCCUUUCAGUCCGAGGGGGGUUCUCAGACGUGCGCGACAAAGUCCCGGGCCGGGGGCGAGCGGAUCUGCAGUGCUCUAGCGAGGCCUACAGCGCGGACAUCGACGCCGUGACGAUGUGGGGAAAGAGCCGGGCGCUGAGGGGCACCGCGGGCCGCCGCCGCCUCCUUCUCCUCAUCCUCCCUCUCCCUCUCCUCGUGCUGCUGCUGCUGGAGUUGCCGCGCGACGCCUCGUGCCACGGGCAGCACUUCCUUCAGCAGAGCACGGCCUUGCAGUUCCUGGCUCGCCGCCGCCGAGCAAAUUCGCUCUUGGAGGAGACCAAGAAGGGGAACCUGGAGAGGGAGUGCAUCGAGGAGCUCUGCAACAAGGAGGAGGCGCGGGAGAUCUUUGAGAACCAGCUUGAGACGGAAUACUUCUAUCCCAAGUAUGUUGUUUGUCUAGGAUCGCACCGUGUUGGAAUCAGCAGCGCCCCUUCUGGGCCUGAUGCACCCUCUGACUUACGCACCUGUGUGAAAGAGAUCAGUGACCAGUGCAUUCCUCUGCCAUGCUAUAAGGAGGGAUAUGAGCGUUGCAUUGAUGGACAGGCCUCCUUCACCUGUGUGUGCAAACCUGGCUGGAGGGGUCCACGCUGUGAGGAAGAUAUAGAUGAGUGCACAGAUCUAGAAACACCAGCAGGCUGCAACCAGAAGUGCUACAAUCUCCCUGGAAGUUUUCGCUGCGCAUGUGAGGAUGGAUACUUUUCUAGAGACAAGAUCUACUGCACAGACAUUAAUGAAUGUAUGCUGUACCCCAGUGUAUGCAAGAUGGCGACCUGUAUUAACACCCCAGGCAUGUAUGAGUGUCGCUGUCCCCAGGGCUACAGUUAUAACUUCACUACACGCUCUUGCCAAGAUGUGGAUGAGUGUGGGCUGGGGAUAUGUGAGGGAACGUGUGUGAACACUAUUGGGAGUUUUUCUUGCCACUGUGAUGGAAGGAAGAGGCUGAUGCUGGCAGAAGAUAGCAGGUUUUGUCAGGACAUUCCCGUUUGUGUUGAACUGAAUGACUUCAAGGAUGCGGAGAUGCUGUAUCUGGGGGAGCAGUUCGCUGGCUUACCCGUCAUCUUUUUGCGGUUCCGCUUGCCCGAGAACACCAAAUUUGCAGCUGAGUUUGACUUCCGCACGUUCGACCCAGAAGGUGUGAUUCUGUAUGCUGAGUCGUCUCGGGACUCCUGGUUCAUGCUGGGCUUGCGCGAUGGCAAGAUUGAAGUUCAGUUCAAGAACCAGUACUCCUUCAAAGUCACCAGUGGGGGGAAAGUGAUCAACGACGGGGAGUGGCAUGUGAUCUCAGUGGAUGAACUGGAACACAGCAUCAGUGUGAAGAUCAGUAAGGAAGCAGUGAUGAGCAUUAACAGCCCAGACAACCUUUUUACUUCAGUCAGCGGUAUGCUGGAGACGAAAGUUUACAUUGCUGGGCUGCCCAACCGCACAGAGAGCAUCCUCAAACCGAUUAAUCCCAGGCUAGAUGGCUGUAUCCGUGGCUGGAACCUGAUGAACCAGGGGGCGUCAGGAGUGAAAGAGGUCAUCCUGGAAAAGAAGAGCAAGCAUUGCUUUGUUCGAGUGGAGCGCGGUUCCUAUUUUGCUGGAUUUGGACUUGCUCAGUUUGACAUAAACUAUCGUGAAGCAGAAUCCUGGAAGAUUGAUGUUAGGAUUAAAAUUCGACCAUCCUCAAGUACAGGAGUCGUCUUUGCCCUUGUCAGCAACAACACUGUCCCUCUGUCUGUGUCCAUAGUAACCCGAGGGUCAGAUGAGGCAGACCUGCAAGUGUUUGUGGGGAGAGUUCCAGUGGCAACAUUGCAGUCUAUGUUGCUGUGCUAUCCAGGGUAUCUUACCAUGGAUCUCUUGGUGUCUGAUGCCAGCCUUCAGAUUUCAGCUAAUUCCUCCAGUGUCUCUUACGCUCAGAGUGAUGUUCUUCGAAAGAGCCUCUCUGCCCUAAAUAUUACAAUGCAGGGACCCAUUACUACCUACAUUGGGGGUGUACCAGACCUUCCCGUCACGGCAACACCGGUGACUGCUUUCUUCCACGGCUGUAUGGAGAUCAUCAUCGAUGGGCAGCAGCUGGACUUUGAUGAGGCUGUGAACAAACACAACAGCAUCAAAUCUCACUCGUGCCCCCAGGUGUCAAAUACUGAUGAAGACCUCGAGUGAAAAUGGGGCCUGCAGUGUGGCCUGUGUCCAGAUUCCUGUGUCUGCCUUCUGCGAUGUCUAAAAUAUUCAUUAAACUUUUGACAUUUUAUUUAGAGCAUAAGUUCUUAGUUUUCAUUCUGUAGGAAUUUUUUUUCAUAUGAAAUGUGGAGAUUUCAUUGAGAAAGACAUCGGAAGUCCAUUGCAGUACAUAAAUAUUUUUAGCUAGUGAUGUUCGCUUGGUACUUUUAAAUUCUGUUUUUGGAUAAAUUGUAGCUUACAGAUUCAUGGAUCUGUUAUUUACCUUUGUUUAUGGAAACAUUAGUCCUGAGAACAGCAUGUAUAUUUGCUGCUGCCCCCGAAGAUCUUUAAUAUAUAUAAAACAGUAAUUUUAAUGUUGGUUCAUGUGCAGUGAUGGUAAAAACAUUGUGUGUAUUUGAUUAAUUUUAUUAAAAAUGAGUGAAAUAUUUUGUUCAAAGUUUGCUUUGUGCUAAAAAUUAAUAUCCCUUAAAGUUUCGUGCUACUUUGGCUAAGUUAUGAUGGAGCGGAGCAGCCAGCCAACCAUUCAGACGAACAGGUCAUAGUGACUGCAUUCUCACAUGAGCAGAAUUUGAACAAGAAAAACACAACAACUUGUCAUAGGGCUCCUAAUCGGACUGCUA